AGGGAGUCAAAAGCCUUAACUAUAUGGUCACUAUUCAUCGCAACCAAUAAGAAAACGCUACCCCCACCCGAACACACCCGCAUCUCUCUCUUCCCCCUCAACUUGUUUCCUGAUUCAAAGAUCUGUCUCGUAUGAUUCUCUGGCCAUGGCGGAACCAACGGAACCAUGCACGUCUUCUUCAUUGGGGAGGGACCCAAGCACCGUGAUUCACCCAAGACGCGAGCCCUUCGAGCACGGCCUCUUGCCAAUCCCACGCCUCAUCUUCUCCGGCCCCACGCAAACCCUAAUUCCGUUGAAGCAGAAACUACUAGAAUUAUCCUCCAACCACCGAGUCAACUCCGAGGCCAUCUCCGAGUCGUUGCAGAUCUCCAUUGAGCACGCCAGACUCGUCCUCACUACCCUUGCCUCGGUUCUGCACUCCGAUUCUGAACCUCUCGUCUCUGCCAAGCUCGACGAAAUCGACGCCGUCGGCGCCGAUGUCCAUGAUCUGGUUUUGUUCCUCUAUAUUCAAUCCUACAAGAGGCUCCUGCCGCGGACGCACAAGGACUCCGUCGCCGUCGCCGAUGUCUGGCCUUCAACUUCAGCCUUCGAUGGCUACUUAUCCGCUCUGUCGCCGCUUCAGCUUGUGCGCAGCAACACUAGGCGGUUCAUGCCAUCGCAGGCUGAUGAAGAGGUACAUCAGUUAUCAUAUCUGCAAAAGCACUUGGCUAACAUCCUGUCCCUUCUAGCUGAGCCUGCAGAGGGGGAAGGGGAAGAAUCUCUGGUUUUAACCAUGGAUAGAUUUGAGCAUCUUGGUUUUCUAAUUCAGUUUGGUGAUAAGGGAUCUGAAGGAAAUUCUUUGAGUCAAUCUUCUCCCUUUUUUGCAAACUCAGACCCUGACAUGCCUGCUGUUCCAGUUCCUGCUACACAAAUUCAUGAUUGGCUUCUGCAGAAUAUAGCUGCUGCUUUGGAAUAUAUUUCUGAACGGACUUCUUCAAAGGAAAAUGGCCCAGCUAGUGCCUCUGAUCAGGAUGUUACUAUGACUGAUGCAUGCACUGUCUCAGUCAAUAAGGUCUCAGCUAGUAGUAGAGGUGCAAGUUUCGUUGAAGGGAUCUCUAAAUCGUCUUAUGUAAAGCAUGCACCUGACAUUAAAGGUUCCUCUGUUAAGGUUCUAAAUUGCCAUGAGUCUGCCAUCUACAUCUUAGCACCUUUGAGAUUUGCCACUGUGUAUGGAUGUUCAGAUGCAACAAUAGUUCUAGGAGCAGUUGGGAAGGCUGUGAGAGUGGAACACUGUGAACGGGUUCAUGUAAUUGUAGCAACAAAACGUAUUUGUAUUGCUAACUGUCGUGAAUGUGUUUUCUUUUUGGGAGUGAACCAGCAACCUCUUAUUAUUGGUGAUAACCAUAAACUGCAGGUGGCUCCAUAUAAUACUUUUUACACUCAAUUGGAGGAGCAUAUGAAUGAGGUUGGAAUUGUACCCACAGUUAACCGGUGGGAUGAACCUCUAGCAUUGAGCAUGGUUGAUCCCCAUGAUUCAUUAUCUCAUCCAGCGGGUGUGUCUGAUGUUCAAGCUGAGUCUGCUACUCGAGUGGACCCUGAUCAAUUCACUAAUUUUGUGAUACCAAAUUGGCUUGGAGGAGAGUCUACUGGGUCAACGAAAGACAACCCAUUCACACUACCAGAUGCUUAUGUGGCAUCUCAGCAAAAAAAUCAAAAAAAUUUAGGGGAGAUAAGGCAACUCCUACGAGAAGCACCUUUAGAUGAAAGUCGUAAGCGAGAAUUGUCAUCUGCACUCCAUGUGUAUUUCAAAGACUGGUUAUAUGCUUCCGGAAACAUUCGUCAGCUCUAUUGUCUACAAGGCGAUUGAUCUUUGUCAGACAAUGCAACGACACAGUUAAUGAUACAGGACCGAGGUUUCUGGUUUCCUUUUUGAUCUCCCUCUUGCCAAUUCUAUUGGCCAAAUAGGUAGCUGAGAGCAGAUGACGGGAUUUAGAGUGCCCAUCUAUUUAUGCCGUGCCAUCACCGGUGCACAGAAUCGAAUCAAAAAUACAGUUGAUGAUCUGAUUGUAAUAUUUUUUUUUGUGAAAAUAAUUACUGUAAUAUUUUGUUAGCCUAAAUUAAUGGCCUUUCUGAUAAAAUUUCACCAUUGCAUGUCUUCUAACUUUGAGAUUUCCAUUUAUUUAAAUUUGGUUUAUGAUGUUGACUGCGAUACAUUAUAUAUGAUGCUUUCAAUGCAAAACUUGGCAUAUGAGAUCCAUUCUUCUAAUUAAUACGAUAUGAUGUUUUGGGAGAUGUUACAUACAAACCUGAAAGAGAUCUUGAGUGUCAUGAAAGUAGUUUUGCAUCAUUUAUUGUAUACUUUUUUUUGUAUACAACUGUUUCUUUCAAAGUUUUUUG